GUGAGCCCAAUAACCACAACCAAUCAUCACAACCAAACACUCGUUAUCAUCUUCAAUCUUCAGCUAGGGUUUCUCUGAACAACCCGAGCACUACUUUGUCAUCAAUGGCGAAACCAGGCCGCGGCCGUCCCGCCGCACCCUCUCGCUCCGGCUCCGCCUCCUCCUCCUCCUCUCGCUCUCGAUCUCGCUCCGUCUCCGGCUCCUCUGGCUCCUCCCGUUCCAGAUCUCGCUCUAGAUCCUACUCGUCGUCUUCGUCUCCGUCUCGCAGCCGCAGUCCUCCGGCGAAGAAGAGUUCUGGUGAUGGACUGAGGCGAGGUCGGUCUCCGCAAGCGCAGUCUAAGAGGAGUUCUCCACCUCCAAGAAAAGCUUCUCCUGUACCUGAGUCACUUGUUCUUCACAUUGGCCAGCUCACAAGGAACGUAAAUGAAAAUCAUUUGAAAGAAAUUUUUGGAACUUUUGGUGAAGUUGUGCAUGUACGGCUGGCUAUGGAUCACAUUGUUAACCUUCCAAAAGGAUCUGGAUAUGUUGAGUUCAAGUUAAGAGCCGAUGCUGAAAAAGCUCAAUUACACAUGGAUGGUGCUCAAAUUGAUGGGAAGGUUGUUCAAGCCAAGUUUACUUUACCUGAGAGAAAGAAAGCCUCACCACCUCCCAAGCCUUUGACCACCGGUUCAAGGAGAGAUUUGCCCAAAAAUGAUAAUGCUGGCGUGGAUGCUGAAAAAGAUGGACCCAAACGUGGCCCUGCUGCUGCAUCUCCUCGCCGUAGACCUCCAUCACCACCACGACGGAGGUCUCCUCCUCCCAGAAGAGGAUCUCCUCCCCGUCGCCGUAUCGACUCCCCUCCUCGACGGCCAGAAUCUCCUUACCGCCGUGGCGGCUCACCGCCACCUCCUAGAAGAAGGCCUGCAUCACCACCGCCUCCAAGAAGGCGGCCUGCAUCACCACCGGCUAGAGGCCGCUCACCUUCUCCGCCAGCAAGACGUUAUAAUCGAUCACCUCUUAGGGCAUCUCCUCGUCGGCCGCGUGCUAGUCCCAUUCGAAGGCGGUCACCCCCACCAAGACGCCGGAGUCCACCUCCCAGAAGGUCAUCUCUGAGUCGUAGGCGGAGCCGCUCGCCUAUCAGAAGGCGUGCACGUUCACGUUCUCGUUCUAAAUCAGUUUCACCAAGGCGGGGCCGGCCGCCAGUUGGCAGGCGCGGGAGGUCGUCAUCUUACUCGAGUUCCCCAAGCCCACGAAAGGUGGCAAGAAAAGUAUCAAGAAGUCGCAGUCCUAAAAGGCCUAUAAGACGUAGAAGCAGCAGUAACAGUAGCAGCAGCAGCGGCGGUUCACUUCCCCCACCACCACCACCGCCACCAGGACCACCACCUCGUAGGCCUUGAGUCCCAUAUAUGGAGUACCGAACUUGGUUUUAUUUCGGAACGGCCGAUGUGUAGUGAUUUGUGUUCUGUGGUUUGUUUGGAUGUGAUUAACAGAAUUCAUGCAUUGACCGUCUAAACAUGUCUAUACUUUCUAAAUCUCUACUAUUUGCAUCCAAAUACAUCUUGCUUUUGUCCUUUCCAAAUUUGUAGUUGCAGCUGGUCGGUCAUAAGAUAUGGUAGUUGUGUUCGGCUGAUGGUUUGGUUUAGUUAUAUAAAUGUGUGUUACCGGUUGUUA